AUGAUAAGAAAUGAGUUGCUGAGGGACAUGGACUGCUCUAUGGACUGCAAGACAAAAAUCGAAUAUGUUAUAAAGUUCAGUAACUACACUUUGGAAACAGAAGAUAAGACUGUGCUGCUGCACAACAUCACCUGCGGAUUUCCAAAGAAUGGCCUUAUCGCACUAGUAGGCUCGAGAGGAGCAGGAAAAACAGCCCUUUUGAAAAGGAUUGCAGGAAUCUGCGCAGAUGGCCACACCACAUACGGCGAUGUGCUGGCGCCAGACAGGAACGGCAGGAUAUCGCAGAGAGACAUCAAAGUGUGGGCUUCCAGAGCAGCAUACCAUGCACCGGAUAUGGAGAGACCUCAAAAGGCGCUAAGUGUUUUUGCAGUUCUCAGAUCGGUGGCUGUCCUACACAAAAAAAAUAUAAAACUUGUUGAUGAACUUCUCUUCUACUUCAAGCUGCAGAGCCUAAGAGACGCAAAGCUCUCUCACUUGUCGCACAGCGAGCAAAAAACCGUUACAUUUAUCAUCCGAAUUCUAGAAGAAAAAGAUGUAAAUAUGUGGGAUGACCCUCUGUCUGGGCUGACCAACGAGGAAGUGCACUCUCGUCUAUCUUUCAUUAGAAGCAGAAAAAGCACUGACAUAGUCAGUCUAUGCCAUCCAACACAGGAUGUCAUCGAGGCGUUUGACUGGGUUGUGUUUCUGCACGCCUCAACAGUGAUUUACUCAGGCCCUGAAAAAGACAUGCGCUGCUACUUCGAGUGGUAUGGCAUAUAUUGCUGUGCAAAUAGGCUCUUUUCUGGCUACCUGAUUCAGAUCAGUGCUGAUAUCUCAAAAAAUCAGAUAGACGCUGAAAACAUUGCAAGGCUUUCCAACCUCACUGUCUCCAUUCUAAACAAGCCCAGAGGCUUAAAAACCGGUAAAAGCAUUCUUUUCAUGCGCUCGUGUGCAGUUGACAGGCAGAAAGUAGAGGAAAUACUAAAAAGAUCACUCCGUUUUAACAUCACCAACUUAAUGUUUUUAGUGCUACUUGGGAUAUUUGCCAACUUCACGAUAUUCAUAUUUGUUGGAAGUUGCACACUUGAAACGAGAAAACUCUUCGAAAAGACACAGUAUCUCAAUGAUUUGAACGAGAGUGUAAACUACUAUGAAAAUGUUCUGAGUGUCUUGCAGACUAUUGACCUAGAAAACUCCUCUUUUUUUCAAGAGACAAGAAAAUACAUCUAUUCACUUGUUAGGGUGUCUGGGAGUAUAGAAUGGACAAACUGGAUACUUUCUCCAAUGGCAGGAGCACUUGGCGCUUUCUACUUCCUGUGUGACUGUUUCAUGCUCUCCUACAUGGGCGCGCACGAGAACUAUCUCCGAUGCAAGGAAGACAUAUCAAAGGGUGCGUUUACAGUAGUUGAGUUUCUGGCAGCUUUUGUGAUUGAAAAAGCAGUUAGUAAGUUUUUUGUUCCUUUUAUAUGCAAUGUUCUGUUCUACUUGAUAUUGCACUUUUGGCUCCUCAGCAAUAAAAUGCGAGAGGUAAUCAGCUACACCAUGGUAGAUUACGCAUUUGCUCUACUUUCCUCGAUGUUUGUCUAUUUUCUAUACGCGCUCUCAAUCGAGCUUGCUCUGAUGUGCUUUCUCUCAAAACGUGCACUUCUUUUGAAAAUUGCAGUCUUUGUGUACACAGCUGUGUACUUUUUAGAAAUUCUAUCCGAUUGGAAAGUGAACUCUGCAAUCCAGCGCCAGCAAAGAAUAUACGAGCCAGAUUUUCUGAAAAAGUAUACCAUCUCAGAGACUACAGGAGAUCCGCCCAUAAGUUUAUACAAUUCUCGCAUAUUUAACAAGAAAUCAGCGUACAUAUCUCAGCUGGCAAAGAGUGCUGCAGAUGAAAAAAAUGCCUAUUUUUAUCCAUGGUUUCUUGAAAAGCUUUCAUAUGUACUGUGGUUUAUGUGCAAAACAGGGCCUGGCAUAGUCUUUGAAGAAGUGAUGUACAAAAUAGGACUGUAUCGAAAUUACUUCUCAGAGCCAGCCACCCUACCUAGCUCCAGCGCUUUAGAUGAGUUUAUACAAAGAACCGAGCAUCCAUUAAAGACAGCAGACCUGAUAAGGAGACUGUAUCUUCUGCUAGCAUACAUGAAGAAACCACAUGACAUCCUAGACAGAAACUUUCUUCUGAGGAGUGUCGGAGUAUUCAGCAUUGUAGUUACCAUAGUCCGGUGCAGUCUUCUUCCCCUGUGCAUUCUUACUGUAGUUGGAUACAUUUCGUACAGAAAAACACAGCCUGCUUAUCGAAACUAA